AUGACUGUAAACUUAACAAAAGAGAAAGGGGAGAAAAUUGGCAACAGUUGCAAGAAUGUGUUGAAUAAGGAAAGUGUGUCAAUCCGAGAACUUGCGUCUUUAGUGGGGCAGCUCAAUGCCAGUGGAUAUGGCAUGAAACAUGCACCUAUUUUCUUUAAGAGAAUUGAGAAUUUUAAAAACAAGAGUUUGUCAAGGUGUAAUGGCAAUUAUGAAGCAAUUGUGCAGAUAGAUGAGGCAUGUAAAUCAGAUCUGCAAUGGUGGAUAGACCAAACAGGGAAAUGCCCCCAGCCUAUUUCCAUUCCACAACCUGAUGUUGUAGUACAGUCUGAUGCUUCAAAGAGAGGCUGGGGGGGAGUGUGUGGCAACGAUAAAACAGGUGGGCUGUGUGUGAUUGGACGAGUAGCUCAGAAAAUCAAGAUGGAGGCAGCAGAAGCUCUCAUGAUAGCACCUCUAUGUCUUCUCCUGCUCUGUGAGCUCACGAGGAAGUUCACCUGCCCCGAAGAUGACUGUGCGUAUUUUCUCCAUGCAGUCCGCCUGGUUCAACAUCUGUUUCCUUGUAGCAUCCGAGGUCACGACCAGAUAGCCUCCCUUGGUGAUCCUACCAGCCUCCUGUGUAUGCAUGACACUCUUCUCAUUGUAUUCUUAUUCAAGAAGAGCGGAGAGUGGAAGGUCGCGGGUUUGAUACAGAAGCUGAUCAUAAAAACCUACUUCGUCAUCUGCUCAGGUAGUUUAGAAAUCACGUUUAGUCGCGUUGUCUCAGUUACCUCCCUUGUGUGGUACGCGGAAGAGACAGGUAGACAGAUGGCGACGUCACAGAAGGAGAAAGUGAUGGAAUUCCUGACCUGUGUGAUCUGCCAGGAACAGUACACAUACCCGUGUACACUGAGGUGUGAUCACACAUUCUGCAGGAAAUGUGUCACCUCAUACGUCCAGACCAGGCCAGAUGCAGUACAGUCCAAGACCAUCCCCUGUCCCUGCUGUCGACAAGACACCAAGGUCCCCAACCCCAGCAGGCCGGUGGAGGAGUGGGCGGGGCAGAUCAAAGCCAGCAUCAUUAUACAGGGGCUGAUUGACACACAGGAACCUUCUACAAGUACUGCAGAUACUGGUUCGUUUUGCUCGGUGUGUGAGAAGUUAGGGGAGACAACUCCAGGAACCUUAAGGUGUGCUGAGUGUGAAGUGUUCCUCUGCAAGAGAUGUGUCAAGAUGCAUCGUGCAAGUCCAGCAUCACAUGACCAUGAAAUGUGUGACCUUUCAGGAGAGAUGAAGGUCAAGAGAAGACGCAAGGUUGUAUGUCCGGAACACAAGGGUGAGGUUAUAAAGUUCGUCUGUAAGGACUGUCACAAAGCCGCAUGUCAGACAUGCUGCGUAAUUUACCACAGGAAAUGUGAGUCUGUCGUUACCAUGGAGUCAUUGAUGCCAACCAUGAAGUACCAUUUGAGAAAGAACGUGAAAGUAUUAUCAAAGAAAAUGAAUAGAAAACAAACGCUGGUUAAAAAAACACACAAGAAAAUUAGAGGAAUAGAGAAAACUAAAGUAGCUGUAGAAGGUCACAUCAAAUCUGCUGUUGAGAGAGUCAUCGCCAACAUCAAACAGAAAGAAAUACAGCUGAUGAAUGAAGUCAAGGAUAUUACAGACAAACAAACACAGCAACUUAAGGCAGAUAUUAAACUUGAAGAGAUCGAGAUGCAGAUGUACAGACAGCAUUGUGAGUUCAUCGACCAGGCCUUGGUAUCGGAAUGUGAGAUGGACCUGUAUGACGCGUAUCAGGCUUGGGAGUCUGGAGCUGUAGAGAUGGAGGAUGUCAGGGAUACAGAGGCAGCAGACACCCUAAGAAUAGAUGACAUCAGGUUUACACCAGACACUGGCAAUGUCCUAAAGGCCCUAGAUAACCUACAGUUGGGGAAGAUUGACGUCACAUACCGGGAUCGAGAGCAAUAUCUGCCAAUCCCAGUGCUGGUUGACAGGAUAGAUGGGAGGGUGUCGGGUAAUGAGAAGGACCCUCUUCAAUUUAAUGUGACAGUUCUGGUUGUAGAUGGUGUACAGACAUGUAUUGUUACGGACAUCAAAAAUACGUGUGUGAAAUCUUUCUUCACAAGAAAUAAUCAUUCAUGCCAGAGUAAACUUACCCUGGAUAACUCUCCAAGCGGGAUAACACAGUUGAAUGAGAAGCAGGUGAUGGUUGGUGUCCCAGACUCCCUUCAGAUUGUAACAAUAGAAGUGACCCCUGACCUGGUGCUGCUCUCAACCAUCACAACACGUACCGGAUACUACAGUCUGGCUGUUCUGAAUCCAUCAUCUCUAGCAGCAGGUGCUUGUGGAUGUGUUGAUAUCCUGGACAUGGCUGGACACGUGUUGAGGUCAGUCACUACAUACAAUGGCAACUCACUGUUUCCCCGUCCCUUCUACAUGUGUGUCAACAACAAGGGCAACAUACUUGUGUCUGACUGGAGGAAGAGGCCUGUGACAUGUCUGACGUCAGAGGGGGAUGUUGUGUGGAGAUACGCCCCCACCGGAGACAGAGCACUCACCUUCCCUUGUGGUAUCACAACUACCAGCACAGGAGACAUCCUGCUUGUAGAUAGGAACACUGGCAAGGUGAUACAGCUGACAGAGUCGGGGGAGUUUGUCAGAGACUAUGGAGGCUUUGGUUAUCUACGGGGAUUGUAUGUAGACAGACAUGAUACAAUGUAUGCGUGUGACGAUUCUCAAAUUCUGGAAUUCAACUUUAUGUAGUCUCAUAUGUAGUAUGCAUCCCAGCAUCAGUAAAAUAUAAGUUACACCAUAACAGAUCAGAACAGAUGUUUUGAUCAGAUUGGAUAGUGUUUGAAAACUGAUCAUAGAAAUGUGCAUCACCAGAAAUGCAUUCCACAUCAUUAAACACACAUCAUCAGCUCAGAACGUUCUCUUCUGUGACUUCCUCCAGGUACUCGUGGACAGAGCUUCUAUAUGCAAGCGAAGUCAGUGAUGUGAUGCACUGGCUGCAUCAUACUUUGUUGUUACCCUCCCUGUUCAGUAUUGAGAGGAUAGAGAAAGGACAGCUUGGUGUCAGUAUGCUGUGUCUUAGUAGGGUAUCCUGUUGUUCAGCAUUG